AUGGACCCCCCCGCGGCUCGGAAACGCCGGCGCGUCCCCUCGUCCUGUACGCGAUGCCACGCGCGCAAGCUGAAAUGCGACCGCGCGCGCCCGUGUGCGGGAUGCGCCAAGUCGUCAGCCGAAUGCAGCUACGGCGACGGCAACGCCUCGGCGUCAGGCUCGGGGGCGUCCGAGGACGAGGCCGCGCCGAAGCGUACCCGCAUGCGCGCGGUGCGCGUCUGCGCGCGCUGCAAGCGCCUCAAGCUGCGCUGCGACCAGGCCAAGCCGUGCGGGUCGUGCGUGCGCGGCGCGGUCGGCGACGCGUGUGUCUACGUCAAGUUUCCGUAUGAGGCGGAGCAGGGCAGCAGCAGCGCGCCCGAGGCGUCGACGGCCCACGCUGCGGCACUCCAGGCGCGAGUUACGGAGCUCGAGGCACGUCUCGACACCAUGUCCCGCAAGGCCAGCUCGCCGCGCAACGGGACGCCCCGCGCGACGCCGACGGGCUCGGCGACGUUCUGGAACUCGGCCUCCAACUCGAGCAGCGCGGCGCCGGCGGCCGUCCCGUCGCAGUCCACACCAGGCAUCGCGCCAGCGCUGGCGAUACGCACGGGAGCGCACGCCGCGCUGCCGCUCGCUGCGAUCGUCGCGCUGUUCCCGCCGCCAGAGCACUGCCGGCGGCUCGUGACGGAUUUCCUCAACUUCGACCUCAUGUUCCGCCUCGUGCACCACCCGAGCUUUACGCGCCGGUGCGAGGGCCUCAUUGCGCGCUUGGAGUCGAGCGACGGGUUCGACGGGUUCGACGACGCCGACGCGCCGGGACUGGCGCUCAUGGCUGCCGCGUUUGUCAACGUCGCGACGGUCGCGCCGGCCACCAGCGCGCCCGACACGCCCGUGGACCCCGAAGCGCCUGGGUCCGAGGCCCGCAUGCGCGCGCUGCUCGACGCGCUGCUGACGUACGCUGAAGAACGGGUAUUCCUAGGCUUGGAGUACGUCCACGCCCACCUGCUCGUGAUCACCAGCUACAUUGCUGGCACGGGUGCGUCGCCCGCCAAGAUGUGGCUCGCGAGUGCGCGGGCAUACCACGCCGCGCUCAUGGUCGGUAUCCACCGCGACGACCGCCCCAUGCGCCGAGGCCGAGGGCGGGAAGGGAUCAAGGAGAGCGUGCUCGAGCGCGAGGUGCGCCGCCGCGUGUGGUGGCUCAUUGUCUUCUAUAGGAACCUCACCGGCGACCGACUCCACAUCGACACAUACACAGACAACCACACGGUCGCGCGGCCUGCGUUGAUAUCCGAUGCGGCGCUCGAUGUGCUCCCGCCCAACACACGCGAGAUGCCGCCCCCGCCACCAAUCUACACGACGCCAACGUCGGGGGUUAUCAACUGGGAUGCGAUCCCAGAGUGGAGCUACUUUGACGCGCAGCUCAACUUUGACGGGUACUUGCGUCAACGCAACAUCAUCAUGUCGAUCCCCAACAUCUCGAUCUACGACCGCCUGGCGCGAGCCCACGCGCUUAUCGACGAGCUGGCGGAGAGCGUCCCGCCGUACCUCCGCAUGGACAACGAGCACCUCGGCUCACCACCCUGGGUGCACAUGCAGGCGUGCAUCCUCGGCAUUGCAAUCGACGACGCUGCGAUCCAGCUGUACCGUCCCUUCUUCUUCUCGACAGAGAUUGUGCCCGACGGGGUGGGGGAUGCAGCGGGCGCGACGUUGGGAACAUUGGCGACUGCCCGCGCCGUCGACGCCGCACACCGGCUGAUCGUCGACAUCCAGGCCAUGACCACGUUUCUCCUCUUCCGGUGGAUCGACGGGCCUGCAACGUUCCAGUGGACGCUGGGCGAGGAGGCCUUCACAGGCGGCAUGGUCAUGGCGUAUGCGCUGCUUUCGGACCCAGGCAACGCUGGUCGGGCGGAGCAAGGCGCCGCGUUGGACACCUGCAUCGGGCUGCUCAAGACGACGGCCACACAGCCAGGGAGUAGCAGCGCAAACGCACAGGCACUGCGCACGCUCGACAGCCUGCGUACGACGAUCAAGGCCAAGGCUGACCGCACGCACGGCGGCGCAGUCGACCCCCUGCCCGAGAUUCGCGACCCGUACACGGGCCACAGCGUGGCCAUGCCGUCGAGCGUGGCUGACAUUGAUCUCCCGGGCGAGUGGGUCGAGUGGGAGAGCUUGUUCUUGGACCUGUUUCAAGCGGGCGUGGUGUAG